CCAAGGAAACGGCGUACAAAGCUACGUGCCGUUGAGCCGCAGCCGGACGGCAGCUAGCUGAGCUGCUUCACUUUCAGCGGUAAAGUCAACCUUCCGUCCCGCUGCUGGACGUUCCUGCCCAGCGAAGGCUUCUGUUAUCCGGCUGGUAGCUCAGCCCGCCUUCCGGGGGCUAGUUAGCCGCUUAGCGCCUCUAACGGACUGAGCGGCUCCGCUGCGGGGAUGGAGCCCAGCUAGCGGUGGAGCUGACUGGGACGGUCUGGUCUGGCCCUGUGAUUCACCGGAGAGACCCUCUGUUUCCCCUCAGAGACCCACCCAGGCUCGGUAGAAGCUCCGCGCUGCGGGCUGAGAUGAAGAACCGAGUCCGCGGGACCGGUCGCUGAGGCUAAGCCAGGAUGGACGUGUGCGGAAGGAACCCGAACCGCACGGCGCCGGUCAGUGAGGACGCUUCCCGGCGGUCCGACGUGCCGCUCUGCUCCCGGACAAACGGCUGGAGCUGGCCGCCUCAUCCCUUCCAGCUGCUGGCGUGGCUGCUGUACGCCUACUUCGCCAUCGCCGGCUUCGGUGUGUUCGUCCCGCUGCUGCCGGCGCACUGGAUCCCCGCCGGCUACAUCUGCACGGGCAUCAUGUUCGCGUGCCACCUGUUGGUCCACGUCAUGGCCGUGUCCAUCGACCCGGCCGACAACAACGUGAGGACGAAGAGCGACAGAGGCCCAGUCCCCAUGUUCGACCGCUCCAAACACGCACACGUCAUCGAGAACUGCCACUGCUACCUGUGCCAGGUGGAUGUGGGUCCUAAAUCCAAGCACUGCAGCGCCUGUAACAAAUGUGUGGCCAACUUCGACCACCACUGCCGCUGGCUCAACAACUGCGUGGGAAGCAGGAACUACAAGUUGUUCCUCCACAGCGUGGUCUCUGCUCUGCUGGGGGUCUGUCUGGUUCUGGUCUUUGCCUCCUAUGUCUUCAUUGAGUUCUUCUUGGAUCCAUCCAAACUGCGCACCGAUAAACACUUUCUGGUGCAGAAUGAGACAGGUGUGUGUCCACAGUGCAGAAUGAGACAGGUGUGUGCCUGUGUGUCCACAGUGCAGAAUGAGACAGGUGUGUGUCCACAGUGCAGAAUGAGACAGGUGUGUGUCCACAGUGCAGAAUGAGACAGGUGUGUGUCCACAGUGCAGAAUGAGACAGGUGUGUGUCCACAGUGCAGAAUAAGACAGGUGUGUGCCUGUGUGUCCACAGUGCAGAAUGAGACAGGUGUGUGUCCACAGUGCAGAAUGAGACAGGUGUGUGUCCACAGAGCAGAAUGAGACAGGUGUGUGCCUGUGUGUCCACAGUGCAGAAUGAGACAGGUGUGUGUCCACAGUGCAGAAUGAGACAGGUGUGUGUCCACAGUGCAGAAUGAGACAGGUGUGUGUCCACAGUGCAGAA